AUGGGAGAAGGAAGCCCUCCAGUUCCACUACAUCUUUGUGUCUUCGUCUUAACCCUCUUAAUGUUCGUAACGAUUUCGUGGUACGCAAGCUACGAACCGGUUAUUGAAGGUUUUACGGACCAGCUCAAGCUUGCUCUAAUGGUUUCUCCUCUGCUUUUGCUCUUAGCCGUUCAUUUUCUAUCUAACGAUGGAGGAGGAGGGAUGAUGACGUCAUUGAUCCAUAUGAACGAAAGAGAGUCUUUGUAUAGAGCUGGAGGAACAUCAUGGGGAGUGGCUUUCAUGCUCGUCUUUCUCUUCUUCAUGGUUUCUUAUCAAUCUCAGUUUAAAGAAAGUUGGUUUCCUCUUCGUUGA